AUGAGGCGGCGGGCCCCCGGCGCCCCGCGGGACGUCAAUGCGGAGGCGAAAGCGAUGAUCGCCAAGCUUGAGCGGCUCGUGGUCAAGACUCAGGGCAAGCGCGCGGCGUCAAUGGUGGAGACAGUGGAUGCCUCUGUCGAAGGCAUCGCGCGCUACAAUUCGGAGUUCGUCCGCUGCGCCGCCCCCCUGAUCAGCCGCGUGCGCCACGGCGCCCCGGAUGCCGCGCAGGCUGAGGCGCGGCUGCGCGACAUGUGCGCGUACGGACUCGAGUGGAGCAUCGCGUUCAUCGUCGGGGGACCCAUGGGCGGCAGGGCCAACGUCAAAAACGCGAUGCGCAUCGCCCUCCGCCCGAUGGAUCACGGGCGGCUCGAGGCUGAUAUUCUCCCCGCGCAGCCCGCGCCGGGGGCCAACGACCUGGCCGCCGGCGAGCCGCAGCCGCCGCAGCAGCCAACCGCGGCGGCAGGGCUGGGGGCGGGGGUGGAGGAGGGGCCCGCGAGUGCUGACGAGGCGGCGGCCGCGCAGGAGCCGCCGCCGGGUCACUUUCUCUGGGCCCUCAAGCAGCUGCGCCUGACGGAGGAGCAGGAGGAGGUCAUCCGGGCGCUGCUGGCCAGCUGGCGGUCCCGGAUGGACCAGAUAAGCGAGCGCCGCGAGCAGCUGCUCGCCCAGCUGCAGGCCGCCGCGGCGUCCGCGCGCGGCGGCGGCGGCGGCGCCCUGGCUGGGGAGCCGGCGCGCGAGGAGGCGUUGCUGCAAGAGCUGGAGCGGCUGCAGCUGGCGUACAACAUGCACCACGGCACGUACCAGCUGGCGAUCGGCGGCGGCGCGUUCACCCCAGUCCAGUUGGCGGUCUGGAUUGUAUCGGCCUACCCUUGGCAGGCCCCGCCCACGGCGAUGGAGCAAGCCAUGAGGGAGCUGCGGGAGGAGCGGGAGCGCGGGGGUGGCGGCGGCGGCAGCUGA